UUCUUCCUCAUCAAUACAAAACAGCUCUUCAUUAUUCAAUCUUGACAAGGAGCAGCCAUGAAGCCAUCUCCUUGCAUUUUGAAAACCCUAAUAACGAUAUUGGGAUGCAUUGUUGUCCUCGCGCCUCUGUCUGAUGCUCAGCUGACUCCUUCUUUCUACGACAAGACCUGUCCGAAGGUGUUCGAUGUCGUAAGCGAUACCAUCGUCGACGCCUUGAGGUCCGACCCUCGCAUCGCUGCUAGUAUCCUUCGUCUUCACUUCCACGACUGCUUUGUCCAAGGUUGCGAUGCGUCGAUUCUGUUAGACAACACGACGUCGUUCAGGACGGAGAAAGAUGCGUUUGGAAACGCGAAUUCGGCGCGCGGAUUCGACGUGAUCGAUAGGAUGAAAGCUGCCGUCGAGAGACAAUGUCCAAGAGUUGUCUCUUGUGCCGAUAUGCUCACCAUCGCUGCCCAAAAAUCUGUCGAAUUGUCCGGAGGUCCUUCGUGGAAAGUUCAACUGGGAAGAAGAGACAGUCUGCAGGGAUUUUUGGAGCUUGCGAACGCUCGGCUCCCGGCUCCAUUCUUCACUCUCCAACAGCUCAGAGACAGUUUCAGAAACGUCGGACUCGAUCGCCCUUCUGAUCUCGUCGCUCUCUCUGGUGGUCACACAUUCGGCAAAAACCAAUGCAGAUUCAUUAUGGACCGACUCUACAACUUCAGCAACACUGGCCAGCCCGAUCCGACCCUCGACAUAUCUUACCUCGCCACUCUUCGCCAGCAGUGCCCUCAGAACGGUAACCUGAGCGCCCUCGUCGAUUUCGAUUUCAAAACCCCGACCAUUUUCGACAACAAGUACUAUCAAAACCUCAGGGUCGAAAAGGGUCUGAUCCAAAGCGAUCAAGAACUCUUUUCUUCGCCCGACGCGACCGAUACGACUGUUCCUCUCGUGAACUUAUACAGCAGCGACCGGACCGCGUUUUUCAAUGCGUUCAUCGAGGCAAUGACGAGGAUGGGAAACAUUACGCCUCUCACGGGCAGUCAAGGCGAGAUCAGGUUGAACUGUAGGGUUGUGAAUCCGAGACGUGUGGACAUCAUCGAUAAUGUGAUUGAGAUGGUGACUUCUGUGUAAGAAUAUGUUUGGUUCAUAAUAUUAUAUAUGCAAAGAUAUAAUAAACUUGUUGGUGGAAUAUGUAUUUUGGGUUUGAUUAAUAAAGUUGGUCAAUGUUAUAAGAUAUUUCUACUC